AUGCCAGUAGGAAGACAACGCGCCUGCAGCAACAGCAGCAACAGCAGCAACAGCAGCAACAACCAUCCAAUACAGCAGCAAUCAAAGAAUGCUGCAGCAGCAGUGCGUCUACUACAGCAACAGCAGCAGCAGCAGCAAAUGCUGCAACAGCAGCAGCAGUCCCCGAAACAAAAGCAGCAGCAGCAGCAGCAGCAGCAGCAGUAA